GCCGGUUGGUGAUCAUCGACCAGAGACGAGUCAAAUCUAUAGUAUUUCAUUCCAACAAAAACAGUUGAUUCAUUGGUUCACACGUCGAUAAUCAUACCAUAGAUGAACCUGCUUAUAAAUCGAGCCAUUUUUCUUGGCGAGCGAUCGUCAUUUAGUUGUUUUGUGAAAGGAUUUCGUACAUCGUCCCAAAACAUGGUUAUCUCUGUCGGUGACAAGCUCCCCGCCGUUGACCUUUUCGAAGAUUCACCGGCAAAUAAAGUGAAUCUUGCAAAAAUUGCAUCUGGAAAGAAAAUUGUUGUUUUUGCAGUACCAGGGGCUUUUACACCAGGAUGUUCAAAGACACACCUUCCAGGGUAUAUACAAAAAGCGGAAGCUUUAAGAUCCAAAGGAAUUGCAGAAAUCUUUUGUAUUGCUGUAAACGAUCCAUUUGUAAUGGCUGCUUGGGGUAAAGAACAUGGAGCAGAAGGGAAGGUCCGUAUGUUAGCAGAUCCUACAUGUCAGUUUACAGAUGCAUUAGAACUUUCUGUGGAUUUGCCUGUAUUGGGUGGAAAAAGAAGUAAACGAUAUUCAAUGGUUCUUGAAAAUGGUGUGGUUAAAGAAUUGAACGUUGAACCGGAUAACACAGGACUUUCUUGUUCUUUAGCUGAUAAGAUUAAACUUUAAACAGCAUAUUAUUAAAUGUCAUGUAGUAGAUUCACUGUGUUAAUUUAUUAUAUGCUGACACCUUAACUUAUCAGUUUUGUUGUACCAU